AUGAUGCAGCAAUCGGCUACCUUCAUCAAAACCCUAACAUCACCUUCGCUUUACACGCCACCCCUGCCGACUCUUCCUUUCGAUUUGGUGGCAGAAAUUCUAUGUAGGCUUCCUGUCAAGUUACUCUUACAACUCCGAUGCCUCUGCAAGUCCUUGAAUUCUUUAAUCUUGGAUCCCAAAUUCGCUAAGAAGCAUCUUCGUAUGUCAACCACGCACCACAAUCUCAUGAGCGGGUUAUAUCAAAAGCUUUUGCAGCCUGAUGAUUCCGUGAAAAAUUUGAAGACCUUAGGGGUGGUUAGGGAUUACUUGUGCAUUUUUGCAAAUAGUGAAAUGUGUUUGGAUAUAUGGAUUAUGAAGGAAUAUGGAAACAAAGAGUCUUGGACGAAGUUGUACAGUGUUCCUUACGUGGAAAAUUGGGGUUUGUAUGCUUUCACCAAGGCUUUAUAUAUUUCUGAUGAGGAUCAAGUGUUGAUGGACUUGCAUGAGUUGGGAAGUAUCGAAUUGAAGGUCGGUGUUUAUGAUUUCAAAAAUGGUAUUUUGAAGAUUCUUGAGAUCCAAAAUAGCAAUCAUUUGAUGGAUCCAAAAGUCUACAUCGAGAGUCUAUCACCUUGUUCUUAA